UCCUAGCUGUGAUGUCAUUUCCUCCUCAGCAAGCUCCAUAUAAAAACGCAGGUGCAGUUGCAGCAAGUUGUUCGUGGUACAUUAAGGUUUGAGCGAGAUAGACCACUGAUACUGAAAAACGCAGGUCGCCAGAAAUAACCAGGGCGGUCAAGUUGCACAUAGAAUGAGCCCAUCAUUCAUCGACUCUUUCCACACACAAUCGAAGGGGAACUAACAUUCUAAGCUUUUGACGUUUGCUAUUCCUGCCCGUUUUAUUGCAACGAUGAUCGCGAGAGGAUACUUCAUUUUGACAAUAUUGGUUAAUCGCGUUCUCUCAUUGCCCGUGACUCCAACUUACCUUGAGAAAGAGGAUGUCGAGGUGAUGAAAUGCAUCGUGGAGGUUCUCGCUGAUGUGCUCUCGAGGCCACACCGUUUGGCUGUCAGUCAGGAGUGCCUGAACAUACUAAGGACAGAUGAAAGGCUUGUGUCAAUCCUCCGCCACCGCAACUUCCUCAAGGAGCUGCAGGACAUUGCCGUUGAAGGAGCCAAUGAGAGAGCUCAGCAGCAUGUUGACAUCACGGCAGAUCAUGUGACUAAGAAACCACAGGGUCCUCAGGGUAUAGAUGAGGCUGCAGAUCGAUCGAUGUUGGCCGCUCUGGGGGGACCCGGCGAGAGGUCUAUCCUGUCCCAGAAGAGGGGGACCGGAGGAGAGGGAGAAGGGGAGGGUGAAGGAGAGGCGGAGAACAGUGCGGAGAGGGACGGAGAGACAUCCCGUGAGAGGAACGAGAUCAUCAGAAAAGGCGAAGAGAAGAAGCGAGAAAUGGACGAGACCCCUGACAACCGUAUCUCAGAUGCCAUGAACAAGGAGGGGAAAGAGGAGGGAAAGGAUGUGGAUGAUAUUGAAAAGAAAGAAGAAGAAGAAGGGGAUGAGAAUGCAAAGGAGGAGGAUGAGGAGAAGCGUGCAAGCUCAAGAGAAGACAGCGAGGAGGCUAAAACGGAGGGAGGAAACGUGACUCUAGAUAAGAAAGGGGCAGAGUCUGGUGAGGUGACGGAUGCACCAGAAGAGAAAUAUGAGGAGAAGAAAACUGCAGAGGAAAAUGAAGAGGAGGUAGAGGAGAAGAGGUCUGUGUUGCCUCUGCAAGACAGUGCCGAGGCAAAGAAGGAGUGGGAGGAGGAGGAGGAGGAUGAGGUGAAACGCGAGGUCGCCGGUGUUAAUCACUGGAGCAGAAUGAGUGAGCUAGCCCGGAGUUUGCAAACAAAGAAGAGAGCGGGAGAGGAAGAAAAGUUGCAGGAAAUGAAGUCACUGGAGGUCGGAGGUCAACAUGAAGUGCCCCAUCACUCCAAGGAGGUGGUGGAAGAGGAAGUGGAGGAGAAGAGGAAGGUGGGAGAGGCACGGAAGAGCCCCGAAGUGAAGGAGCUCCAGAUGAUGGCACGCAGGGAACCGCAGGAGAGGAGAGAGGGAGAGGAGGAAGAAGGGAGCACCAGCAGGAAGACUGAGGACCCAGAGAUUGAGAGUCUGGCGGCCAUCGAGUCGGAGCUGGAGAGCGUUGCUCAGAAACUCCACGAGCUGAGACGAGGUUGAGAUGAGGCUGAGACGACGACGACGACGACAACCGCACCUUCCUCCUCUUCCUCCUCCUUAACAGCCAGACCAGAGUUGUGAAUUUGAGACGGAGUCCUCCAUCUCUCUCGCUCUUUUCUAUCGAGAGAAAACCGGUGUCUGGUCCAGCCUCUUGCGACGAGGCUCUUAUGGUCAUCCGCCCCUCCGACACAGAAAGGACAGCAACUCCCUAUGCCUUGAAUCCCCACUCUGUCUCUCUCUCCCUGCUUCAGCUUGAUAAUAGCCAGCUUUUCAUUUGAUUUUGACACUGCGCAACCACUUAUGUGAAAAAUGAAGGCCAAUCUAAUUGUUAUUGUUACCAUGCUAAAAUAGAAGGGGUUGUAGCUACAAGUUUAUGUAUACGUGUACAUGUCAAAGAUUCUAUGGAGUAUUUCUAGGAUGUUGUACUUGAUUAUUAUGGCUGUAACUUUAAUUAUCGAAAAGCCAAUGCAAUAACUGGACAUUUUUAAUGAAUGACUUGACUAUGAUUAAAUGCUGUAUGGAAUUUAUCUAAGAAAACAAAUAAAUUAGAUAGCAUCAUCUGGAGAUCUUUAUGCGUGUGAUUCAUAAUGUCUGCACUGUUAGAGCCUCAAUAUUCCACAUUCUAAUUCAUUUGAAUUCAGUAGGGAGGAAAUGAUUUUGAUCUCAAUACAAUCUCUAAGUCUGAAACGUUGAUUGCUUUUUUUCUCCGUGUAUUAGGGUAAGUAAGAGCCUACAUUUUGUCCCAUUGAUAAAGUAUUUUGUUUAACCCAA